AUUGUCACAGGAAUUAGCAUGCAGAAGCUUCAUUUUUUUUUUUUACGAACUUUUAAUCAAAACUAAGCCUCUACUAUUCAUUAAGUAGCAGAAUGACUUUUGCAUUUAAAUUUUGUUUUCACACUAUCUGACAAAUAGUUUUUUUUUCCAGACAAAUUGUAAGUUUCAGACCGAGAGGUUAUUGAUAAAUUCUUCAAACAUUUUGAUAGCAGAAAAGCUUAGGAUUAUUUUGAUAGCAGAAAAGCUUAGGAUUAUUUUGAUAGCAGAAAAGCUUAGGAUUAUUUUGAUAGAAGAAAAGCUUAGGAUUAUUUUGAUAGCAGAAAAGCUUAGGAUUAUUUUGAUAGAAGAAAAGCUUAGGAUUAUUUUGAUAGCAGAAAAGCUUAGGAUUAUUUUGAUAGCAGAAAAGCUUAGGAUUAUUUUGAUAAGUAGUUUGAAUGAUAGCUACCAUGAUAGAAAUUGCAAAAAUUUUAAAGAGCAAGUUCAACUUCAUGCAAUAAAAAUAGAUCCUGCGCACGUAUAGAUGUUGUUUGUGAGAUGUACACAACUCCAUCGCAUUAUGAAAUAAACAAAAGAAACUGUUUUUAAAGAAAAACAUGAAAACACGGUGUACUUAUUUAAUACUUGUGUUUCACAGGCAUUUAUGAAAACAAUUCACAACUGUCGACAUUUUAAAAAAUAGGAAUUUGAAUGAGAAGUAUAAUAGGUUUUAUAUAUUAUAAAGUGUUUAAUUCACCAUAUUAAUUGAUUAUUCAAUGAUUAUAUAAGACUUGAAAAGAGCAAAAAGAAUAUCUAUACUUGAAUACUUUCCAGAAAGAACCAUGAUAGAACAUACAUCAGCUAUCUGUAAACAAAAACACCACUUGCAGGCAUAAAAAUGAAGUACGUGUUGUAUCAUAAAAAUAAUCAUAUUCAUUAGAUCUGUGAUAGAAAAUAUAGUAACAAUUGGAGCGUUAAUAAAUUAUAAACAACUACCGGGUCGUCUGGAACCGUGAACACAAUAAAGACAAACAAUUAUUGAAUGUUGGGUCGACCAAUCUACGCCGGGGGAGGGCUGUAUAGAACGAUUGUUACGCUUCACUUGUCGCGAAACAUCGCGCGUGCAGCUAUAAAACAGACGACAACUUGGUGUCUUGUAUAUUGCUAUCGGAGUUCACUUCUGAAAACAGGUUACGAAGACUUUCCAUCAUGCUAGAAGAACUACGUCGAGCUCUGCAUUACCAUGUCUCUAGUUUGUCGAUAAAAGUGACCAAAGAGAGUGCGCUGGAUGAAAUUCGAAUGAUACUCAGACUCUUCAGCUCUGUUUAUCAGAAUGACUUGGCUGAAUUUAAGUGUUUAUUAAAAGCUGGCGUGGAUCCAAAUUCAACGGAUUGUGAAGGAAAUACGUUGAUGCAUAUUGUGAUUGAAAAUGGACUUUAUGACAUGGCUGAAAUUUUGGUUACUCAUGAUGCAUAUGACAUAAAUCAACAAGACCGAAACGGACAAACACCAUUGAUGCUUGCUGUCAUCUUGGGCGAGGAGGAAAUCAUUCGCCUUUUAGUCCGAGCAGGGGCAGAUGUGAACGAAAUAAACAAUGCUGGCAAGUCUGCAUUGCUGAUUGCUUUGGAAGAUGGAAAAUUCGAGACAGCAGAGUACCUUAUUAAACAUGGCAGUGAUGUCAACACCGUGGAUCACCUUGGCCAAAGUGCAUUAUUCCUAACCAUGAGUUACACGUCAGAUCACAAAUACAUCAAGUUGCUGAAAAAACUUAUCAAAGCAGGUUACACAUUUGAAAAGGACCGAUGCUGGAUGAAAGAUGAUGGGUUUGGAUACGAGCCGUGUUCAUGUGAUAAAUCUUUGACAAAACUUUUGAAGAAAUUAGACUGCAGCCGUGCUUCAUUUGAUAGCCGUCUGAGUAUUCACUUACCAAUGGAGUAUACAAAAGUUGGAUAGAUUGUAGGACUUCGUACUUUUUUCCUAAAAAUACUGUGAUAUUUUGUCUGUGAUAUUGCCAAAUCUUCUAAUUACUGUUGAAUGUACAAACUACUUUGCUUAUUGUAGAGAUGAAUGAAAACUAUUAAAAUUUGGAAAAGAUGAAACAAAUGUUGUUAAAUUUUGAACAAUCUUGCGAUUUAAUAUCUAUAUAUAAAAAAGGAGUAUCAGGGAAAA